AUGAAGACUCUGUUUCUUCUCUCUGCCUUGCUCACAGUCAUAAGUCCGCGAACCUAUGAGAAGUGUGAGCUGGCCCGUGAGUUAAGAAGCCAUGGCCUGGAUGGAUAUCAAGGCUACAGGCUGGAAGACUGGGUGUGCUUGGUUAAACAUGAAAGCAGUUACCGUACUGAUGUAGUUAAUCACAAUUGGAAUUUUUGGUUCUCUAUUGUUUCCACGGACUACGGACUUUUCCAGAUAAACAGCAAAUGGUGGUGUGAAGAUGGAAACACUUCAAAUUCACGCAAUGGCUGUGGGAUAGAGUGUAUUGAUUUACUUGACGAUGACAUCACGGAUGAUGUUCAGUGUGCAAAACGAGUGGUCAGUGAUCCCCAAGGAAUGAGAGCCUGGUACGGCUGGAAGAAUGGAUGCCAAAGAGAUCUCAGCAACUUCCUGUCAGAGUGCUCUCUGUAA